AUGGAAGUUCCACAGAAAGUGCCCAUUCAGAUGAUUGUGAAAGGGUACAAACCACAGACACCUACUGAACUGGCUGUUGAGGCUGCCAAAGGAAUUUGUAAAUCACCUUUCACCAAUGAUAUUCUGAAGGCUAAGAAGCCCGCAAAUUUCACUCAACCCAAAUUCAAGUUAUUCGAAGGCGUAGCAGAACCCAUCGAGCACAUCUAUCACUUUCAGCAGCAAAUGGUCCUCGAAAGCGAAGACGAAGCAUUGUUGUGCAAAUUAUUCCCGUCUAGCUUGUCGAGGUCGGCUUUGACGUGGUUCAGGCAGUUGAAGCCAAAGUCCAUCGGUAGCUUCAAUGAGCUUUGCGAGGCUUUCAUAUCCCAAUAUGUAUGCAAUCAAAGAAGGAAGAAAGACAUCACAGCGUUGUUCAGCAUAAAGCAGAAGGCAGGUGAGAGUCUCAAAGAUUAUCUGAAGCGAUUCAAGGAGGAAAUUUCUACUUUAGAGACUUAUGAUUCUCACACUGUGUCACUGGCAUUCCUCGAAGGGGUGACGCCGAGAACAAAAAUGCAUAAGUCGUUGGUUAAAACACCACCCCUCGAUAUGAGGGAGGUUCUGGCUUGGGGUCGAUGGAAUCAUCAGACUAGAAGAGGAGGAACUUGCUUUGUCUAA